CACAAGCACCUGUCAGUGUCUCAGUGGAGCUCGGUGGACUGCGGAUACUCACUGUACAUCAUCCCUCAGCCGGAUAUAACAAGUGUGUGACACUCCUGAGAAUGGCUUUCUCACUGCGGCAUGCUGUCUUUAUCACUGUUACACUGUGUGUGCUGCAGCAAGGGUUUGGAUAUCCACUGUCCGAACAGUCUGAAGCAUCUAACAAACGGGUCCGCACCAAACGCUGCUCCUGUAGCAGCUGGUUGGACAACGAGUGCAUCUAUUUCUGCCAUCUGGACAUCAUCUGGGUCAACACACCAAAUAAGAUCACACCUUUCGGUCUGGGAAGCCCUCUGUCCCGUCGCCGGCGCUCCACGGGCCGCUGUGAAUGCGCCAACCCCUCCGACCGGACCUGCUCCAGCUUCUGUCACAGCAGUUUGGAAAAUCCAGGUAUGGAGAUUGUGACCCGAUUUGAUGACCAGCCAUAUCACAUGGAGAAAACUGGUGACUAUCUACUGUCAUCUCUCAGGAAGGUGGUUGUAGACAACCUCAUGACAGCCUCACGAUCGGCUUCAACCAAGAAGAAAUCCAGACUCAGGAAUCUCUUGAUCAGUUAAAGAGAGAGAGAAAGAGAGAGAUGAGGUGAUGGAGCGCUGGAACAAAACCAGUCCUGGGUGAAGAGGAUCUGCCUCGUGAGACAGUCAGGACUGCUUCAAGACAGAGCUGAAGCGCUGAAGAACACAGCCUCAGUUACUUCAGAAACCUCUGUCCUCCAGAGUAAAGGAUGAUUUAGGAGGUGAAAAGAAGAACAGAUCACCUUCUGCACCACUGAAAUGGUGACAUUUCCAAAAACAGUUGAAUUAGUGCAAACAUAGUUUAAUAUGUUCAUCUGAGAAGAUACUCAGGUUAGGGUGGAAAAGAUGAGAGAAAAUAAAAACACACCCCCUUUACCCUCUGCCUGAAAGACUUUAGAUGCCGUAUAGUCUCUAUACUUGACACUGAAUAUUUUAUUAAUAUUUUAUUCAUUUUUAUUAUCCUUUAUUUAUUACGUUUUCUCUGUAUCAGAGCUUAAUUUCAUUAUUUAUUUAUUUAUUUAUUUAUUUAUUUUACUUUUAUUUAGAAAUGAAUGUGUCUGAUGCUUUCUAUGAUCAGCUGCUCAAGUAAUUGUCUAAAUGUUUAAAAAACUGAAAAGGAAAAAAGUUCCAGUCAUGAGGAAUGUUUAUCUCUUCUUUUCUUUUUGUCUUUUCUUUUUUUGACUCUUCCUUCCCUUCAUUUUCCCUCCAGUGAAGGCGGAAGUAUUUGUUGCAUUCUUCCAGUAGAGUGUUUUUAUUGUUCGGACACCAGCAGGUUUCAGUAGCUCAAAGCUUGCCAGAAAAUGCUGUUAUUGUAUUCCUAAAGUACAAACCGGCUGCUACUGUCUGCCAGCUCCGUUAUAGAAACACUGUAGAACUGUGUAGAGUUCCCAUUACUGCCUCAGUUAAAUGCAAUCUGUUCAUGACUACCUGUGAAAGAAUCAUUAUAUGUUUUGACUGUUGUCAUACAUGCAUUUAAUUAUGCUGUACCUGUUCUUGUUUUCUUCCUGUUUAGAGAAGGACUGUUAGUUACUCACAGAUGCUUGAAUGUUUAAUCUUGAAUUGCUAAUGUCCAGCAGUCAGUUUGUUCAUUUAAUUUAUUUGAUGAAAACUAUUUUUGUAUUAUUGCAUCUAUUAAUAAACAAGUAAUAUAUUA